GGCAUCUUAAACUCAAACGACAAUGAUGUUCAAUUAUAGGCAUACUUUUAGCCUCUUAUUAAUUGGAUUCCUAGCUAUACUAGGAUGCUUAUCAGCUGUACAAGCGCAAGAGAACGAUUAUGGAACUGUUAUUGGUAUUGAUCUUGGUACUACUUACUCUGCUGUCGGUGUGCUCCGUGGUGGUCGCGUAGAAAUCAUCGCAAACGAACAAGGAAACCGUAUCACUCCAUCCUGGGUGGCAUUCACUGAUGAAGGUAGAUUAGUCGGUGAAUCCGCUAAGAACCAAUACGCUCAGAACCCUUCAAACACUGUAUUCGACGCUAAGCGUUUCAUCGGUCGUAAAAUGGAUGACCCAGACAUGAAGCGUGACGCUAAGCACAUGCCAUUUGAACUCAAGUCCAAGGCUGGCAAGCCAACUAUUGGUGUUGAAUGGAAGGGUGAAGACAAGCAAUUCCAACCAGAAGAAAUCUCAGCCAUGGUUCUCGGUAAAAUGAAGGAAACUGCCGAACAAUACCUCGGUACUACCGUUACACACGCAGUCGUCACCGUCCCAGCUUACUUCAAUGAUGCACAACGUCAAGCUACAAAGGACGCAGGUACCAUCGCUGGUUUGAAUGUUCUCCGUAUCAUCAACGAACCAACUGCUGCUGCUAUCGCUUAUGGUCUCGACAAGAAGGACGAUAAGGAAUCACGUAUCUUGGUCUUCGAUCUUGGUGGUGGUACUUUCGAUGUCUCACUUUUGUCCAUCGAUGACGGUGUCUUCGAGGUCUUGUCUACCGCUGGUGACACUCACCUUGGUGGUGAAGACUUUGACAACCGCGUUCAAGAAUACCUCGUCAAGCAAUACAAGAACAAGACUGGACAAGACCCAUCAAAGAACCAACGUUCAAUGGGUAAACUCAAGCGUGCUGUUGAACAAGCAAAGCGUCAACUCUCUUCACAAGCAUCAACAAAGGUUGAAAUCGAAGCCUUCUACCAAGGUGAAGAUAUGGUUGAGACUCUCACCCGUGCCAAGUUUGAGGAAAUCAACAAUGACCUCUUCCGUAAGACUUUGAAGCCUGUCCAACAAGUUCUCAAGGACGCAAAGGUCGGCAAGGAUGAAGUUGACGACAUUGUCCUCGUUGGUGGUUCAACUCGUAUUCCAAAGGUUCAACAACUUCUCCAAGAAUUCUUCGAUGGUAAGCCACUUUCAAAGGGUAUCAACCCUGAUGAGGCUGUUGCAUACGGUGCUGCUGUCCAAGGUGGUGUUCUCUCAGGUGAAUCCUCAGCUGAUGACAUCUUGCUUAUUGAUGUUUGCCCACUCACCCUCGGUAUUGAAACUACUGGUGGUGUCAUGACAAAGCUCAUCCCACGUAACACUCAAUUACCAACCAAGAAGUCACAGAUCUUCUCAACAGCUGCUGACAACCAACCAACCGUCUUGAUUCAAGUUUACGAAGGUGAAAGAUCAAUGACAAAAGAUAACAACUUGCUCGGUAAAUUCGAAUUGACUGGUAUUCCUCCAGCACCACGUGGUGUACCACAAAUUGAAGUCACCUUCGAAUUAGAUGCCAACGGUAUCUUGAAGACUACCGCAGCUGAUAAGGGAUCUGGUAGAUCAGAAUCUAUCCAAAUCAAGAACGAAAAGGGUAGAUUAUCCCCAGAAGACAUUGAAAGAAUGAUCCAGGAAGCUGAAGAAUUCGCUGCUGAUGAUGAAGCACAAAGAUCAAAGGUUGAAUUGCGCAACAACUUUGACGGUUUCAUUGGCACUGUUAAAGGUCAAUUAGCUGACUCUGAAGGCUUGGGUGGAAAAUUAUCAAAGGAAGACAAGCAAGCUUUGCAAUCAGAAUUGAAGGAUGCUGAAGACUGGAUCCAAGAACAAGGUCAAUACUUGGAACCACAAGAAAUUGAAGACAAAUUGUCAGAAGUCCAAGCAUUUGUUUCAUCAAUCACCCAAAAGUUAUACGAGGAAGGCGGACAUACCGACCAUCACCACGAUGAACUUUAAAAUUCUUUUUCUUACGUUUUCUUUGCAUGGAUAAUUUAUAUCUUUUUACGAUUCUACUGUCAUGAGCUCAUCACG